AACCCUGCUUAAUGCAGGAAAAAAAUUACAUUUGACUUUAAUUUUGACCGCUGUGUCGCCGGGAUCAUUUCAACCACAAAGACCUUCGUGUUCUUGCUCGGUGUUGGGCUGCUGCGGGGGAAACAUGAGCUCUCUGCGGCUCUAAUGAGGGCUGAGCAGAUUGAAGCAUGGAGCAGUACACCACUGCCACCACUACAGCUGGGGAGCAGAUCGUUGUGCAGGCUGCUAAUGGACAGAUCCAGCAGCAGACACAGGGCACAGUGACGGCUGUGCAGCUGCAAGCAGAGGCGCAAGGCCAGCAGGUGCAGACACUCCAGGUAGUGCAGGGACAGCCUCUAAUGGUACAGGUGAGCGGCGGACAACUCAUCACAUCCUCAGGGCAGCCCAUCAUGGUGCAGGCCAUGUCAGGGGGUCAGGGUCAGACCAUAAUGCAGGUUCCUGUGUCCGGAGCUCAAGGUCUGCAGCAGAUCCAGCUGGUACAGCCUGGUCAGAUACAGCUGCAAGGCGGUCAGACUCUUCAGCUCCAGGGUCAGCAGGGUCAGCCUCAGCAAAUCAUCAUCCAGCAGCCCCAGACGGCCAUUACAGCCGGACAAAACCAGAGCCAGCAGAUCAGCGUGCAGGGGCAACAGGUGGCACAGACAGCAGACGGACAGACCAUCGUCUACCAGCCCGUCAAUGCAGAUGGUUCUGUUCUACAGCAGGGAAUGAUCACAAUCCCCGCUGCCAGCCUAGCAGGUGCCCAGAUAGUCCAAGCAGCAGGGGGCGCCAACACCAAUACUACCAACAGCGGCCAAGGCACUGUGACCGUCACCCUGCCUGUCUCCGGCAACAUGGUCAAUGCAGGUGGAAUGGUCAUGGUAAGGCCCAGUGCAGAGAUGGUGCCAGGAGGCGGCAGCGUUCCCACGAUGCAGCGCAUCCCCCUUCCAGGUGCAGAAAUGCUGGAGGAGGAGCCUCUGUACGUUAACGCCAAACAAUACCAUCGUAUUUUGAAGCGAAGACAAGCCCGGGCCAAACUGGAGGCUGAGGGCAAGAUCCCCAAGGAGAGGAGGAAAUACCUACACGAGUCUCGCCAUCGUCAUGCUAUGCAGCGUAAGCGUGGAGACGGAGGGCGUUUCUUUUCCCCUAAAGAAAAAGAAGAGGCAGCUUUAGGCCUAUCGCAACAGGAAAUAGCCCCCGCAGCCCCAGACGAGACAGUGACUCAGAUGAUCAGAGUGUCAUAGCAUUUACCCAAACACCAGGACAUGAGACUGUUCUUCCCAGCUAACCUGACC